GUGCGGCUCUCACGGUAGCGGCGGUGAAGAUGACAUUUCUCCCAUCAUCCUUUGUCUCUGCUGUGAGUAGAGGGGCUCCACCACACUUUGAAGCUCAGUUCUGUUUGACCCCAGAAUAUUCUGCUCCCACCUUCCUGUUUCACUUCAGAGAAGGAAAUGCCUGUUCUGUGCUGCUGUGGCUUCAGUAAACCAAGAGGGCUCUGCAGGGUUCCUGUUCAGCAAACAGCUCUGCUGGGCUGGGCAGAUUUUUUGAAAGGAUUACCAGUCUACAACAAAAGCAACUUCAGCAGAUUCCAUGCGGAUUCUGUAUGUAAAGCAUCAAAUAGGAGACCAUCAGUUUAUCUUCCCACGAGGGAAUAUCCAUCUGAACAAAUCAUAGUAACAGAAAAGACAAAUAUCCUCUUGCGCUAUUUACAUCAGCAGUGGGACAAAAAGAAUGCAGCAAAGAAGAGAGAUCAAGAGCAGGUGGAAAUAGAAGGUGAGAACUCGGCACCACCCCGGAAAAUCGCUCGGACAGACAGCCAGGACAUGAAUGAGGACACUUAAACUCUUGACUUCCUCCUCUCAUACUUUACAGGCGCUUCCUGUUUUGUCUCCAAGUGUGUAAAUUUGCCCCUUGCCCCAUCUCUCCCCCCUCCACUGUGCAGCCCAAACCACUUCUGACUUCCCAGGAGCCAACAUAUUUAUUUUUUCUCUUUUUUUUUUUUUUUUGUCCUCUCCAUUUUUUUAUUUAUGCCGUAAACCUGAUGGAGCGGAGGUGGAACGAUGGAGUAAAUGCUGUAGUAGGACCUUAGUUCCUCCUUUUGAAAACACUGUCACUUUGGCAGGUUUUGAAUCUGUUACCUAUUGCCCAGGUCUAGCCAUGGGAGCCUGGGUAAGAGACAUGGGUUAUCACAGAACCCUCCAGAGAUACAUGCUCUCUACGUACCCACUGACCUACUACAAGUGGUUUAACUCCUCUUUGUAUGUGUCCGGGCCAGCCAUAAGUGCAUGGCCUCGCCAUUCUUCCUCCAAAAUUCUGAAACUGGCACUGCACUAAAACAAAACCCAACCAAUCUACAUGAGUGUCCUUCAGGGUUAUGUUGAUCUUAGCAAAUGUGUUGUCAACUUGAUCAAUCAGUUGUAUCCUGGUCUGUUGUGUAAGGGCUGCGCUCCUCCCGCGGCACGCGUUAUCUCAAGCAUCAGUGCACAUGGAGAACUCAAGUGAAAGGUGUGUGGCUUUUGUUGCUCUGACUUUCUAACCUUCUCUUGGUCUUGGAUGGACUGAUCUGUGCAACUUCUCCAUUGGAAUAAAAGGAUACUCUUCUACUGUGCUGAGUACUUGAUCACCAGUGUGUGUAAGCAGCGGCUGAUGGAGGCAGCCUGUGGCUGGAGAAGUCUGGGAGCAUCUCAGCAACUGGAUGUAGUUCUGGUUCAACUGCCAGCUCCGAAUAAUGGUACGUUGUGUUGUGCUGCAAUAGCAGAAUGGAGUUGGUCAAAACAUGAGCUUCCAUGGUCUCUGGUGAAGACCAAUUCCUCUUGGACUCAAGACAGUUCAGUGCCUGUUGCCUGGAACCCUUCCCUGACUCUUCGAGAAGAGCCAAACCGGAGGCCUGUGAGUUGUCUGGAUUCAGAGGUUCAGAGACUCAAAGGAAAUGAGCAUUGUCACCUGAAGGGGACAGGAAAGGUGUAGCUUAGUAAUGAUGUCUUGUCUGCUUUAACAUAAGAAGCUGACUUCACACUGUGUUAGUUGAAAUUGUCACAUUUGUAGCUGUGGGGUUUUUUUUUCUUCCUCGUUAACAAAUCCUAAACACGAAAUCACAGGAAUGUUGUUCUGGAGAUCCUGGACAAGCCUCAUUCCGAGCGGCUGCAGCAGCUGGGAGCUUUGAGGGGUUCUGCUCUCCCUUUCUCCAUGGCAUUCCCAUUCAACCCGGGGCCACCACGUGUUCAGGUUUGGGAACGCAGGGAACGCGGAGGGAGUGAAACUUGCUGCCAACCAUAGGUUGCAAGGCAGACCCUUAGGAAGAGCAGGGCACAGCUCACAUUGCAAUUCUAGAUGUACCUUUAGGCACCAGGUUUCUGAUGGAAUGAAUUUAACUUAACACCAGGUAGUUUAGAACUUUGUAUCUGCCUCAAAAACAAACCCCAACCAACCUUUUUGCUAUGGCAGUAACCUCCAAAUUACUGGAAUGUCGUUGAAAAUGCCAACUGUGUUGGUGAAGAUAAAAUAGACUUGGGUUUCUGUAUGAUUUACUGGUGAUGGCAAGAGGACUCCAUGCUGGCAGCAAGUGCUUUUGUGCACAGUGCAAGACAUUGAAGAUCACUUGCCUCAUGGGGUGAAGCUGAAGCUGAAGAAGCCUUUGAAGAGCUGUGAGAUACCAGAGGAAGAAACGAAUGUGCAGCUGAUGAUAAAGUAUGACCAAUCUGUGUGUGUAGCAAAGCUGGAGAGCUGCAGCCUUGCAGCAAUGUCUGUACAGUGCUUUCAAGUUGUAAAAUGCUGUAUAAUUCGUGGUGGAUCCAGCAAGGUUUGAGCUUUGCUGACUAUUCUGCUAGCCAGAGUGAUGUACUAUUAAAGAGAGUUGGCAGUUCCUUCCUGUUGUAAACCCCCGUCUUUGUUCCCUCCGUGUCUUUUACAACUGGUCUUGGUGGUUAUGGGAACCUUUGCCAAUAUUUCAGUGGUUUUAGGAGGUAAAAGCAAGUUGCCUUUUUCAAGCAGUUGGGAAACACUGGAGGAACAAGGCUCAGAGCACUGUUAAGUGUCCAGCCGUUUGGGUAUUGGUUUUGUUGCAUCGGUGCCUGUGUACAAGCGGUGUGGAUUUCUGAUCCCUGCACUGAGGCUCUCUACAUCCAACCUGAAGCCAGAGCUCUCUCCCUUCCUCCUGCAGGCUGCUGCUGGCUCCAGUGCUGUCUUCCAGCUAUUGCACUUUGAUCCUAUAUUUUUGUCUGUUUAGUACGUGGUAAGUGUCUUGGGUUUGAAUGUUGCAUGGAAGGUCUCAUUUGCCUAACUGUGACUUCCUGGUGCCUUAGUGCAUUGAAACCAACGCAAACAAAUGUUGACAAACCCAAACCCUGGGGGUUUGCUGACCACACUGUGUGUACAAUACUGAGCUCCUCUGAUUCCAACUGUUGUUAUAAAGUGACUGAUAUUUAGCCACCCUCGGGGUUUUAUAUCUGCAUAGUGGUAUUUUUAUUGUUUCUGUUACCAAUGUAUACUAAAGGUUUGGGUUUUUAAAUGAAAACUUGAGAUACUUGUCAGCAA